AAGCUACUUCAACUUCCGAUGGGAAACGGCUCAUCCAGCGUUAACAAAUUUGCCAAGGUUAUUGACGCUCAGGGGAAGCUGAGGAAAGUGAAGCUCCCGGCGAAGGCGGCGGAGAUUAUGCUUGAUGAGCCUGGGCAUAUCAUAUGUGCCGUGGAAGAUUUGAAACGAGCUCGUCGUGUGGUUGCUAUGCGAGCUGACGAUGAACUUUCGGUGGGUAAAGUUUACGUUUUGGUUCCUAUAGGGAGGGUUCAUUGCAGGGUUACGGAUGCGGAUAUGGUUAUCAUAAAAGCAGCUUGUUGUGGUCGAAAGAAAAAGAUAAGCGGUGCUAAGGUUUUACCCGAUGUGAUGGUGAGCGAGGAAGAGAAAUAUACGAAUGGGAUUCCUCCUGUUUCUGGGCACCGAUUUGGGAAUUGCAGGCCCUGGAUGCCUGUGUUGGAACCUAUUCCUGAAGUGCUAUGAUAAUCUUUUUCUCAUGAUUUUUGUAGGGUUUGAUUCUCACAAAUGGAUGUGAUUUCUCAUUUCCCUGAAUUAA